AUAAAGUAGCUCAUUAAUUAAUACUCUUCUUAUCACGUCAGAUAAAGCAAUUGAAACCAAAAAAAAAUAAAUCUUUCAGGUUAUUGGAACUCAACAAAGUAAUGGAAGCAGAAGAUACUCUAACUCAGGGGAACACUGAACCUUCAAAUAAGAAGAGUAAAGAUGGUAAAAGAUUUACUGAUGAACAAGUAAAGUUGCUUGAGUUCAUGUUUAAACUAGAGACAAAGCUUGAACCAAGGAAGAAGCUUGAGCUGGCAAGAGAUCUUGGGCUGCAACCUCGUCAAGUAGCUAUUUGGUUUCAAAACAGAAGGGCUAGAUGGAAAUCGAAGCAAAUGGAGCACGAAUACAGAGUACUGAAAGCGGAAUUUGACGGGCUAAAUAUGCAAUUUGAAUCAUUGAAGCAAGAAAAGGAAUCUUUGCUCAAGCAGUUAGAGGAACUAAAUGAUCAGCUGGAAAACAACCAUGCUGGUUGCAGCAGAAGCCAAGAUUCUCUAGACAGCGAAAUCUACACAAGCUCUGAAAAUGGAGGUACUGACUUAGAGUUGAAGGACAAUAUUAUCCCGGGUUGUUUAAAUGCAAGUUUAGAAGACAAGAGAGUAGAGGAAGUGGAAAAUGACAGAGAAGGAACAUUAAUCGAACAUUUCAGAUGGAAGGAAGAACCAGAGUUUUGGAACAUGGAAGAAUUAGGUGACAGUUCCUUAGGAUCACCUGGACGCUGGUGUGCCGUAGGCCUAGGUCGUACCUUCGACCUGUCAUGGGAAUUUUGAACUCCACAAAUACAAUAAAGCUUUUCAAAGGAGUCAGCAGUGACCGAAGUUUGAUCAAUAAAAAAGUUUUUUCUUUCCUUUUACACAUUGAUAGAGCCAAGGUUGUAUGCAGAGAAUAGAAGGAAGAACUUUAUCCCAGUUGCUUUUUUCCAUUGUGCUGAGAAUCCGAAAGGAGCUUGCCAAAAAUUGAUUUGCAAGGAGAACUAGCAGCAUGAACAGCAAAGGCUUUGCAUGUGAUUCGGGAUGCAUGAACGAGGGAUAUACUUGCCUUAUUUUUUGAAACGUUCAACUGAUGUUUCUUUCUUUCUUCUUUCUUCUUCUUCUUUUUUUUUUGGGUGAGGGGGGGAGGGGGUUAAUGAAUCGCUUGUAAUUUAUUUCAAAAGAAAGAGACUAUGUCAAUUGGGCUUCUUCGUGUGACCACAAUAAAAUAAAUUGGAUA